AUGAAAUUAAGUGAGGAAGAAAUUGAUAAUAUUUUUACUGAAUGCUUUAAUGAAUUAAGAAGAAAUGAAUGUAACGACUUCACUCAUGUACUGAUAAAAAUUUUUAAAUCCAUUUGUUACAUAAUUUUUAUAUCUUUCGUAAUUUAUACUAUUUUAUAUCAUCAUCAACCGACAUUAAGCCUUGUUAUGCGAAAUGUUCAAGGGUUUAUUUAUCCUGGAUUAAAAAUUCUUCGAUUACUAUCAGUGCCCAUAAUUUCUGCUUAUCCGUCACUUUCAGAGCUAUACGACGAAUCAUGUUUAGUCCAAAAUCCUUAUUUUAUAGUACCAGAUAUGGACUGUUAUCCUUGUGAAAAUGUUUAUUCUGUUAUAGAUUUAACAGGGUUUACGAAUAUAAGUCUAUAUCAGUCCGGUAUUCCUUAUAUAAUUAAGACUGAUUUAGAACCAGUAAACAUAUCAACUUUACAAGAUUUAUACAUUAAAUAUAAAAGUACAUUUGAUCAAGAUGCAAAACGAAUUUAUUCGAGAAAUCAAUCAUUAAGAACAAUUGAAGAUUCAUUGACAAAUGAAUUGCAUGAGACUGAGCAUAUAUUAUGGAGGAUCAAUCGUAUGACACCUGCAAGAAUAUUAAGAACUGUUUUCCCGAAACCGUAUACAAUUUCUCAAUGGUCGGGACAGAGUCCAGAACGUUAUAUUAUUAUUGAUGGUGAAAAUUCCGAGCCUUAUUAUAUUCCCGAUAUGGAAUGUAGUUACGUGUAUACGAUACAAGGAAGUGGCCGACGUACGAUUUUAUUAAGACCUUCCAAGGAGUGUCUUGGAUUGUGUCGAACAGUUUCUGUAGUACUUAAUCCAUCAGAAGUUUUAUUCUACAAUUGGUGGUAUUGGAGACCAAUAAGUGUACCAUUUGCUUCAUCUAAAGAGAAAUCCGUUACUUAUAUUGGAUCGUAUUGUUGAUCGCUUUUCUCUAUAAUCUUAUUGACGCUAAAACGAUACUUACGCAGAGAUAUUAACCAAAGUGUUCUUUUAAAUAUAACAAAAUUUAUUUAUUAUAAACAUUUCAGAACUACUUAUAAUCUAUAUCUAUUGAUUUUUCACAAAUUUGUGAAAGAAAUUAUCAUUAUAUAAAAUCUUCUCAUUUAGAAUAUAUUGUUGCCAAAUUUCGAGUGCCAUAAGCUCGCCAUUUUAAAAUAGCAAAAGAUACUAAUCUAAAAAAUAAUAAAGAAGCGAGAUGAAAAAAAGUAACGCUCACAAUUUAAGAGUGUGGUCGGAAUAAAAGCAAAGUUAAUUAAAUUUUUGUUUUGUCCUCUAUCAGUUUUAAGUUUACUCACAUACAAGGAAAAUACUUUCUUACUUGGACUAAUAUCCCAAAUUAAUCGAACAUAUCUUCUAUCACCAAUUGUUCGGUUAAUAGUCUUCAAUUCAACUCUAGCCUCUCUUAAAAUCUUUAAAGAAAUUUUUCCCACGUGCCCGCGUUUAUCAUUUCUGUAGGCGUUCACUUUAACAAAAUAUAUACAUUAUGUAAAGGCAAGAUUUAAUUUCCUUACGUUUGCUACUGUUAAUUCAACAAAUUAAAACUCAUUGCAGACGUCACACUACGCAGCUAAGAAUGUGAACCAUUUCAAGAAAUAGCCAGGAAGAGACAAGUAAAAUUAUUAUGUUGUAAACGUGGCUACUUCAAUGUCCUAAAUAAAAUUGAUAUUUUAUGAGGUAAUUAAAAAUGAUUUAAUGAAAAAAAUUGAGUAGAAAGUGUCAACUGCUGUGCUAAACGUCCUCUGGUGACAGAAAAAUAGUAUACACACAACAGAAGCAAGUCAAAAAUAUCUCAGCUCCUUAGAUAUGUAAUAUACUAUUGUAUUUGACAUGCGUUUUUACAAUAUGAAAGACCCACUAUUAGCAAUCAAUUUACUUACUACUCACUAUAUCUGGCUAGCACAGUCAGGUUGCCUAAUCUAAUUCGGUAACAACACAACAUUUUCUAAAAAAAUAUUUAUUUGUCUUUUUAAAAGAUUUGUGAAAUAAUUGUGAUAACAAAUUGUGAAAUAAUUUUGUAUUGAAUAAAUAAAAGAAAGUAAUGAAUAACAAUGA